GGGAAAUAUGGGGGAGAGAAAUCCAUAUUCUAACCGCUGACGACGAUUUAUGAUUGAUCGGCAAACCCAAAAAUAGUUCCCACUUAAUUCGACUGCCUAACAACACAAGUGACCUUUUGGCGGCGCAGAUUCUCUCUGUUCUACAUCGGAACUUCAUUUAUUCCUUCAUUUUUCUUUGCAACAAUUACCAUUCAUUCCUCUCCACCAUUCUUUAUCAACCGUCGUUCAACCAGAUCCUUGCUUUCACAUUAGUGUUUGCUGCAUAGCCCUUGCAUUAUCAGCAAAGACACUCGGAGAAAUAAUCCCUUUGCGCCCCCCCUGCCGACGGCUGACCAUUCGAUAUGGCAGCUAACAGCUACUACAACACUGGGUAUAGCAACAACCCACCGACAUACGACCAAGCGAUUCCUCAUACCGACUCCUUCCAUCGACCAUCCCCAGCGCCCGCCUACACCGGUCCCAGUGGUCAUCCAUAUGCGGACUCCGAACCUCCUCACAUACGAGACAGUCUACACUCGCUAGGAUCCGACCAAGCUCCGUAUGGGGCCGGUGGAAGGGUCCAUGAUGGAGAUCAUUAUUCAGAAAACAUCCCUCUGAAAGAGAACACCCAAUACUCGAACGGCCCACCACCAGCCAACUGGAUGCAACAACCGACGCAUUAUCCAUCGGACCCUGCCAUGUUGGAGUCACCGACCGAUCGUAGUCGGGGAAGGAAGAAGGGCAUUUUCAAGAAGCAAAUCCCCUUUGUGACGUACAUUCUCACGACGGUACAAAUUGUGGUCUUCAUUGUCGAGUUGGUGAAGAGCGGGCAACUCACAGGAUCCCCGAUUCAGACGAAACCUCAGUUCAACCCGAUGAUUGGGCCUUCGGCCUUCGUGCAGAUUAACAUGGGCGCGCGGUAUCCACCAUGUAUGAAGAAUGUCGAUAAGGUACAGAAUUCCCCAGUCAAUUUUCUUCUGCCUUGCCCAAACACAACGACCAACGCUUUGGAAUGUACGCUAUCCGAACUGUGCGGCUUCGGCGGCGUUCCGAACCCGCAUCUUCAUGGUUCCCUCGAUGAUCAACCCCAGCCUAAUCAAUGGUUCCGCUUUAUUGUACCCAUCUUCCUCCACGGUGGUUUCAUCCAUAUUGGUUUCAACUUGCUUUGUCAGAUGACUAUGGGUGUUGACAUGGAGCGGAUGGUCGGAUGGUGGCGGUAUACCUUGGUUUACUUUGCCAGUGGCAUCUGGGGUUUCGUUCUCGGAGGCAAUUAUGCGGCUCCCUUCCAACCCUCCUCGGGCUGCUCUGGUGCCCUGUUCGGUAUUCUCGCCCUGUUUAUAUUGGAUCUCUUCUACACAUGGAAUGAGAGACCAUCGCCAUUUAUGGAGUUGGUUAUCAUGAUCCUUGGCGUCGGAAUCUCCUUCGUUUUGGGCCUGCUCCCGGGUUUAGACAACUUCUCCCAUAUCGGUGGGUUCGUCAUGGGUCUGGCUCUCGGCCUUUGUAUUAUGAGAUCGCCCAAUGCACUUCGGGAACGGAUUGGGCUAGCCCGUAACCCAUACGUGGCAAUGAGUGGCGGUGCUGGUCCUACUGCGGACCUUGAGAACAAAACGGCGAAUGGUCCUAGCCUCGUUAACUUCUUUAAGGGGCGGAAGGGCCCCAACUCGACUUCAGAGGCAUCCGGCCCAUUGGGCUUCUUCAAGGGCCGGAAGCCGCUCUGGUGGGCAUGGUGGUUGGUUCGGGCUGGGGCUUUGGUUGCGGUUAUCAUUGGUUUCAUCCUCCUGAUCGUGAACUUCUACAAGUACCCCAAGUCCAACUGCUCGUGGUGUUACAGAAUGAGCUGCUUGCCUGUGCAUGAUUGGUGCCAACAAGGCAUGGAGCCUUUCACGAUUACCAAUACCACUACAACCUCAACUAACGGCAACUGAUUAUACAUACAGUAUCUUUCGGCCUUCAACUUAUUGACGACUAUGUUGCAUUUGUUUACAUCACGAUUCUGUCUCCUUUCAUAGCUGUAAACCGUUUUGGGUGCCCUCCUCUAUUUCGGACCUCCUUCCUGCAUUUUACUGGCGGCGUUGAGUUGGAACGAUUGCCGCUUAUUCCCUGUGCAUUUAUACCCUUGCGAGGGCAUCAUGUGUAUAAUCAUUCUGUGAUGACCUUCUCCAUCACUGUGACGAAUGGAUUUGAUGAAUAAAUUACAUAUUUCGUGUACGGGUCUUUGUCGUGUACGGGUCUUUGUUACAUUGAAAGACAUCUAGGUAGCUACAAACAUAAAUUAAAUCUUCUAAUUUCUUGUCGUUACUGAGGUUGGUGGUGUAGGGAGUACGUAUAUAUUCCUGUGGCUGAGCCACUAACAACACAGC